GGAUCUUGAUCGCCGUCAGGCCCGUCGUCGGAACCUUCAGGGUGCGGGGUGCUGAGGGAAGCGACACCAAGAAAGCGAGUGCGCCAGGGAAGGCCAGAGGGAAUCGAGAAUAAGCUCAGUGCUUCCGCGCACAGCAGCCAGCGGACCUCUCCCAGCCGGUGCUAGCCUCCAGGAACGCGAGUCCGGACACCCAGGCAAGCCAUCACCGGGAACAGCGCGCCGCUCGCUAACGCGAGGCCCGGGGCGGCCCCGCAGGGACUACCCUCCCGCCCCCUACGACCGCCCGGGCCGCCCGGAUGUGCACUAAAAUGGAACAGCCCUUCUACCACGACGAUUCUUAUGCAGCAGCGGGAUACGGCCGUGCCCCAGGUAGCCUCUCUCUACACGACUACAAACUCCUGAAACCCAGUCUGGCGCUCAACCUGGCUGACCCCUACCGAAGUCUCAAAGCUCCCGGGGCGCGGGGCCCCGGCCCAGAGGGAGGCAGUGGCGGUAGCUACUUCUCUGGCCAGGGCUCAGACACGAGCGCGUCGCUCAAGCUUGCCUCAUCGGAGCUGGAGCGCCUGAUCGUCCCCAACAGCAACGGCGUGAUCACGACGACGCCUACGCCCCCGGGACAGUACUUUUACCCCCGCGGGGGUGGUAGCGGUGGAGGCGCUGGGGGCUCAGGGGGCGGCGUCACCGAGGAGCAGGAGGGCUUUGCCGACGGCUUUGUCAAAGCCCUGGACGACCUGCACAAGAUGAACCACGUGACUCCCCCCAAUGUGUCCUUGGGCGCCAGCGGGGGGCCCCCGGCCGGGCCCGGGGGCGUCUAUGCCGGCCCGGAGCCGCCUCCAGUGUACACCAACCUCAGCAGCUAUUCCCCAGCCUCUGCGCCCUCCGGAGGCGCCGGGGCAGCAGUCGGUACUGGGAGCUCGUACCCGACGGCGACCAUCAGCUACCUCCCACACGCGCCGCCCUUUGCUGGCGGCCACCCCGCGCAGCUGGGCCUGGGCCGAGGCGCCUCCACCUUUAAGGAGGAGCCGCAGACCGUGCCUGAGGCGCGCAGCCGAGACGCCACACCGCCUGUGUCCCCCAUCAACAUGGAAGACCAGGAACGCAUCAAAGUGGAGCGCAAGCGGCUGCGGAACCGGCUGGCGGCCACUAAGUGCCGGAAGCGGAAGCUGGAGCGCAUUGCGCGCCUGGAGGACAAGGUGAAGACACUCAAGGCCGAGAACGCUGGGCUGUCAAGCACCGCUGGCCUUCUCCGGGAGCAGGUGGCCCAGCUCAAACAGAAGGUCAUGACCCAUGUCAGCAAUGGCUGCCAGCUGCUGCUCGGGGUCAAGGGACAUGCCUUCUGAAGGCCCUCAUCCACCUACGGACAUUUCUCUAGCCUGGACGACUGGGCGCACGCCUGCAACGGGGCGAUGGGGCAUGCGGUGGGCACCGACCCCGGGGCAUUGGGGCGCCAAAAACCACACUGGACUCCAGCCCGCCCGCUCUAUACCCAGUCCUUCCACAUCGACGUUUACAAGCCCCCCCCUUCACGUUUUUUGUAUUUUUUUUUUUCUGCUGGAAACAGACUCGAUUCAUAUUGAAUAUAAUAUAUUUGUGUAUUUAACAGGGAGGGGAGGAGGGGGCGAUCGCGGCGGAGCUGGCCCCGCUGCCCGGUACUCAAGCCCGGGGAGACACUGGGAAGGGAACCCCCGCCCCCUUCCCUCCCCACUCUGCACCGUACUGUGGAGAAGAAACACGCACUUGGUCUCUAAAGAGUUUAUUUUAAGAUGUGUUUGUGUGUGUCUGUGCGUUUGUCGUUCUGACUUUUUAUUGAAUCUAUUUAAGUAAAAAAAAAAGGUUCUUUA